AUGAACAAAAAAGACCCUUAUGAAGUUUUGGGUGUAAAGAAGACAGCUUCUGCCAGUGAAAUAAAAAAGGCUUAUUAUGGUUUGGCAAAGAAAUACCAUCCGGACACAAACAAAGAUAAAGAUGCUCGUGAAAAGUUUGUUCAGAUCCAAGAAGCUUACGAAAUCCUUUCAGACGAAGAUAAACGUAAACAAUAUGAUCAAUUUGGACAUGGCUUUGAUGGUGGCAUGGGUGGAAAUCCUUAUGGAGGUUUUCAUGGCAGCAGUGGAUUUCCCGGUGGAUUUGAUCCUAAUGAUAUCUUUAGUCAAUUCUUUGGUGGUGGAUUUGGUGCUCGAAGCGGUGGAGGAGGUGCUAAUCCAUUCAACAGCCGACCCAUGGCAGGCGAUGAUAUCCAAGUCCCACUUACCUUGUCAUUCAUGGAAGCUGUCAAAGGCGUAACUAAAUUUGUACAGGUCAACAAAGUAACCAACUGUGAUACUUGUCAUGGUAAUGGUUUACGUGCUGGUAAAAAGAAGGAGACAUGUUCUGUCUGUCAUGGUACUGGUGUACAGACAAUCAUGAUGGGUCAAUUCCAUAUGCAAGCGGCCUGCCAAGCAUGUGGGGGUGCAGGUUCUUCCAUUCCUCCUGGAUGUGGUUGUCCUUCAUGUAACAGUAAGGGCAAAGUCAGAGAGCGCAAGACUGUCAAAGUGGCAGUGCCACCAGGUGUUGAUCAAAACUCUCGUAUUCGUGUGACAGGUGAAGGUGAUGCUCCUCUUGAGGGACAAGGACCUAAUGGUGACCUGUUUGUUGUUUUGAAUAUUCAGCCAUCCAAGAUAUUCCGUAGACAAGAUGCAGACAUUUUUGUAGAAGCAAAGAUUCCUUUCUAUAAGGCCAUGUUGGGUGGUCGUAUUCGUAUUCCUACUAUAGACGGUGAUGUGGAUGUUAAGGUACCUUCUGGUGCUCAACCAGGCGAUGACAUUGCUUUGAGAGGACGUGGUGUUCAACGAUUGCGUAGUACACAGCGUGGUGAUCAGAUUGUGACACUCAAGGUUGAAUUCCCUCGAUCCCUUAAGGGCAAACAAAAGGAGAUUAUUGAGCAAUAUGCAGCCUUAGUAGAUGAAGACUAUAGACCUAAAGAGGAACCUCUUCGUCAAGAAGCACCUGACACACCUCCUCCAUCCCCUAAACCAUCAGCAGAGGAUAAACCAAAUGAAGAGAAGAAAGAAGGCUUCUUCAAGAAAGCUGUUGGCAAGAUCAAAGAUAAGAUUUGCCAUGAAGAUGAAAAAGACAAUGACAAGAAAGCAUAG